AAACCAAAAGAAACAAAGAAUUUCCGUACGAUCCCAGAUGAUCAUGCCAUGAAAUUGGAGUUGAUCAUUAAAACUUAUGGUAUAACGGAGGCUGAAGAAUAUUUUAGAAUCCUAGCUGACUCAGCUGCAAAGAAAGCUGCCUGUCUCCCACUUUUGCGUGGCUAUGUAAGAGAUAGGGACACUAGUAAAGCUGAGACUUCUAUGGUCAAGCUCUAUGAACUGGGGCUAGUGGUGAGCCCUCACCCAUAUAAUGAGAUGAUGAAACUAUAUAUGGUGACACAUGACUACAGGAAAGUACCACUUGUUAUCCACCAAAUGAAACGAAAUAAAGUACUCUUUAAUGUUAUGUCCUACAACCUUUGGAUGAGUGCUUGUGGUGAGGGAGAAGGAUAUGGGGUUGCAGCAGUAGAGACUGCUUUUAGAGUAAUGCAAAAUGAUGAGAAUGUUGAGGUGGGAUGGAGCACUUCUACUUUAGCCAAUGUUGAUAUGAAAGCAGGACAAUUAGACAAAACCAUCCUAGCUCUAGAAAAUGCUGAGAAGAAACUAUCUACCUUUGGCUGUCUUGGCUACUUCUUCCUCAUAACAAUAUAUGCCUCUUUGAAGGAAAAGGAAGGAGUCUUGCGGUUAUGGGAAGCUAGUAAGGCAGUUGGUGGAAGAAUCAGUUGUGCCAACUACAUUUGCAUGCUAACAUGUUUGGUGAAGCUUGGGGACAUAGUACAAGCCAAGACAAUCUUCAUGGAAUGAAAAUCUAAUUGCUGGAAGUAUAUCAGAAUCUCUAAUGUUCUUCUGGGUGCGUAUGUGCGGAAUGGAUUAAUGGAAGAAGCUGAAUCAUUGCAUCUCCACACAUUGCAAAAGGGUGGUUGUACAUAUCAGAGUCUCUAAUGUUCUUCUGGAAUCUGAGAAAAAGGAUGGCCACCAACCAAUGGGGGGAAAGCUGCAGUCAGGUAAAAAAAGGUUCUUCCUCAUCCCUAUUACCUUGUAUUUCUUUAUUUUUUCCUCCAUGAAUUUUUUAUUUUUCCUGUAAACACAUGACUCUAACCCUAUCACCUCAAGCAAAUAUGUUUAAAUAUACUGUGAGAAACCAUCCGUACUUAUAAUUUGCCUUCAAAGAAUUUUAGAAUGCUGGAUUGCUAUGGUAGAUGUGUUCUAAUUUGUCAAGAGAGUAGACAAAAAAUUCACAUUGUAAUCCAGUUACCAAUGCAAAUCAAUUUUGGAUGAUAUAACCCUGUACUUGUGUUGCAAUUCUUAAUGUGUUACUGUUAGAAAACUCCUCCUGUGCUGAUGUGCCGUUGAUGGUUUAGUACUCAUUUAGUCAUUUCAUCAACCAAUCUAAUUGCAAGCCAUAUUAUGUUUCUACGAACCCUUAUAUUUCUGUUGAAAUUGCUUUUGUAACUGCCCGUUUUAUCCCGUCAAAAAAAAAAACUGCCCGUUUUAUUUGUUUUUUUUUUACUGCUUCAGUUAUGGAUUAGCCGAGCCAAUAAGUGGUUCCCAUAUUUUAGGAGCAAGUCAGUUUUAAUUUCUGUUUUGCUGAAAUCUUGUUACCUGCUUAGGUUCUAUUUUGCUUUCAAUCAUUAUUUAUUGUACUGCUGCUUAGAUCAAUUUGAAUUUGAAUAGAAAACUAUUAUUUUCCUCAACACGUGUUGUCUCUCUUCUUCUCUGUGUUUUACAUUUUCUGCCAUAAAACCUACCAUUGUUAUCAAAGCUUUCUUCUCAGGUAGCGUUUGGUAGACAGGUGGGAAGGGAACGGAACAGGACACAUGGGUUCCAUUCUGUGUUUGUUAUGUUUUUAAGAUGGAACGGAACGGGACAGAAGGCUCCAGGAACGGGACACUUUGGUUCCCUGGAAAAGGGUGGAACGAAAGGGAACAGAUCAGAACACUCUCUUAAAACUUUUGCAAGUUCAAAAAUACCCCUAAUUUAUAUUUGAAAUUUUAUGUAUCUAAACAGUUUAAAAUCACUUCUAAAAUUGAAAGCACUUAUUAUAUUUAUAGACAAAGUUAAAUGAAAAUCUACUUUUUCAAAAAAAAUCAAUUAUUUUUUCAAAAGUAAAAUCAAUUUU